AUGCCUAUCGUUCGCAUUAAAUACUUCCCCGAAGAAGCGACCUCCUCUGAUGUCCGCCGCUUCUUCAGAAAGAUCGAGAUCCCGGAUGGAGGGGUCCACAUUGUGGGUGGACCAAAGGGCAUCGUCUUUGUUCGUCUUUAUGACCGGGAAGAUUUGGAAAUUGCGCUCAAACGGGACGGGAAGAAGCUCUCACCGGCCCAGUGCGAAUACUCCUUCAAAGUCAAGGUCUCGGAAUCUAACGAAGACCAGAUGAAAAAAGUCAUCGCCGACAUCACGAGUUUGGUCAGUACGAGUGAAAAAGAAAAUCCCCCGAAAGGACCGCGCGAAGUAACUCCUCCCCCUAAAAAUGACUUUUUCGUGCGUCUCGCCGACCUCGCUCCUACUGCCACUGUUGACGACAUUGUGCAGUUCUUCGAUGGUAUUCGCAUCGCACUCGUGAAACAAACGGACAGUGGCAACGCACUCAUCAAGUUCAAAUCUGUGGACGACAAGCAGGAGGCCCUCACUUACGAUCAGAAAUUCUUCGGCUCACGGUUUAUCAAAGUAAAUCAUCUGGGUUGUGAUGUUUGGGAGAGCUGUAAAGCCGACGCAAUCAGACCUGUCUAUCCCUCUGUUUCUGAUUCGAAAGAAGUCGAAACCGAAGAACAGGAGGGAACGGAAACACCGCAGAUUGAAUCACAGUGUGUGAUGCUCUCUGGGCUCGCGCCUGAAGUCACCAAGAAAGACCUAGUGCACGAGCUGUUGAAAGCGUGCAAGAUUACGAAAUACGGGCUGUACAUGGAAGCGCGGGACAGCAAGUGCACCGGCAAAUGUUACGUCGAGUUCGUUGAUCAGGCUACUAGAGAUAGGGCAAUCCUCAAAGCGGAUAAAAGCGAGUUUCGCGGCAAUACGGUUUCCUUGGAAGCAAUCACAGCUGAAGACAUGAAACACGGAGUACAACAACAUCGAAAAGAGUUGAAAAAGAUCGAAUACGAUCGACUCCUAAGAAAAGCAAAAGGCCCUCGAGCCCACCGAAAAAUCAACAGUCCUUCUCCUUCUCCCACGGCUUCGUCGAAAAACACCACUACCUCUUCUGAAGAUGAAGGUCUCUCUGCGCUUUUUGCACCAAAAGGAGCGUCUGUGAAGCCGCUGAAGCCAGUGACCGGAAUCAACAAACCAGCUAUUAAAAUCAAAAUGAAUCUAUCCACCACUUCCAAUUCAAAUGAACCUGAAGAAGAGUCCGUUCUAAAGCGUCUCCAGCAAGAGCAAGAGGCGAACGAGCAAAAGUCUUUGAAAAAAGAACUCAAAAAGAAAAGCGAAGAAGCCGAAACUGCCACAAACACGAUGGGCUUGAUGCUCAUGUCGAACAUAAUGACGAACAUGAUGACUCUGCAAAACUCGCAAAAGAACAACGCUGCUACCAAUCCCCCUCCCUUACCGCCACCCGAGCCUAGUCCUGCCGAGCCGCCGACGCUCCAGAAUGAGUACCAACAUCAAGCUUACAUGCAGUUACAGAGCCAAACCAACCAACUGCCAAAUAAUCUGUCCGGCUCUAGCGCUCCCCAAGUUCCGACCCUUCCGCCCAACUACAAUCCAAACAGCCAACUUUAUCAAGCACCGCCGGCAAUGCAAGCCCAGCAUCAACCCAGACCUCCUAAAGCAAUGCGUUUCCAAAAUCCGGCUGCGAGAAACGCUCCUCAACGAUAUUCUGCUCCUCGAAUGCCGGUGCCGAUGACUCCUCAGAAUUCUUUCAACACAAGUGUGGACAAUUUCGACACGUCCCCGCAAAAGAAUCGUUAUCACCAGACACCACCAAAUCGUGGAAGAGGCGUUCCUCCGCGUAGUGUUAGACCUCAAGCACUUAGUGGCAACUAUCCAAACCCUGGACCUCGUGGAGGUGGCCCUCUCAGACCUACUGGCGAGCAGAACUACGGUACACCAAACUACGGAAAUCAGAACUACAACAUCAGAGGGGGAGGUCAUCAAAACAACGGCCCAUCGAAUGGUGGAAGUCAUCAGAAUCGAAGAGGACACCAGAUGAAUGGAAAUCGUUUUCCAAAUCGCGGCGGUUAUUCUUACCGAGGCUCUCCUAAAACAGGUUUUGGAGGACAAGCUUUCGAUAACAACGUUUCGUAUGGUGCUCCCAACAAGGCUCGACCUGUUCCUAUGUCUCAAAACGGCUAUUCUGGUGGACAAACUUUCAACGACCAAAGCUUCCACACACCACGGGGUGGGAGCAGGGGCGCCCCUCAUCGUGGCGGCUUUCAGCAGCGCGGGCGAUCGUGGAUGGGCGGACCCCGCUUCCGCUAA